UUUUUUUUUUUUUUACUCAAAAUAAGGAUAUUCAUUCAUUCCAAUAAUUGAUACAGUACAUCACAUGCAAAUACAAAUUCAACAUAGCUAAAAACAAAAAGGAUGAAACUGCAAACAAUCUCACAGCAUCCAUGUUAAUAGCAUACAACGGCAAUUGCAAUAUGCCUACAAAUAAUAUAAUAUGAUAAAAGUCACCAGAAUGUCCAUGCUUCCGGAUCUGCAACGAUGAUGCCCAAAUCAUUGAUCGAAUCUGCAAUUGAUUGAAAUCUACCUUUCAAAAUGAACCAAACGAACACCGCAACAAGACGGACAAACAAACGCCGUAACAAUGACGACCACCAACAAAGCGCCGCACUCAGACGACGAAAUCACAAAACAAGAAAAACAAAACUAAAAAACUUAAUUUAUGUGAAAUCACUUAUUUAAAUGGAAAGAAAAUAAAAAAACAACUUAGAGGGGUGAUUUUGGGUCAAAAAUUGACCCAAAAACCACCCCUCCUUGGUGGAUGAUGAAGAAGAAAAGCAAAAUAGGGUUAGAAGAGAGGGGGAGCGGCGGCCGGCUCUUGAUGUUUCCUAAAGAAUGUUGUCUAUGCACAAUGUUGUUGUUCCUUUUUCAAUAUUGUCUCUCGUUGAACUUGAUAAACGUUUUAAUAAUGAGAAGAUAAAAUUUAAUUGUCUUAACCGUAUUUUCAAUGGAGCAGUUUUUUUUAUGGUGUAAAACAAUGGAGCAGUUUUAUUUUAUGGUGUAAAAGAGUAGUGGUUUUUUUUUUUGAAACAUAAAAGAGUAGUGGUUUGAAGGGGUGAUUGAAGCAGUUUAAAGUUUUAUUAGAAGGGUAGUUUGAGAGUUGCUUCACUUCACAUGCACAGUCGUUAGAAAGAGUGAAAGGUUAGAUUUUUGUUUCAAAAUAUAAACCGAUUAACCAAAUCAUUACAGAUUAAGGAAUUAAUCAUGAUAAACCAAAACACCAUUCUCUCUUUGUUACCAAAAUGCAAAACUAUGAUUCAAUUCAAAACACUGCAUGCUCAAAUACUCACAACCCCAACAACUAUUAAUACCAAAAUAAUCCCUUUAAGCAAGCUUAUUGAUUUCUGUGUAGAUUCACAAUUUGAUGAAUACAUCAAUUAUGCAAAUUUAUUAUUUCACCAAAUUCAUUCACCUACUGUUUAUAUCUGGAAUUCCAUGAUAAAGGGUUAUGCCAAUUGUAACAAUCCAACAAUGUCUUUGAUUUUGUAUAAACAAAUGCUACAAAAUGGGUAUUCCCCAAAUCAUUUUACUUUCCCUUUUGUACUUAAAGCAAGUUCUGUUAUUUAUGAUCAAUUUAUUGGAAAAUGUAUUCAUAGUUGUAUGGUGAAAUCUGGGUUUGAAGCAAAUGUUUAUUGUUCUACUGGGUUACUUCAUAUGUAUGUUUCGUGUGAAGAUAUGGAGUAUGGGUUGAAGGUGUUUGAUAAUAUUCCUAAGUGGAAUGUUGUUGCUUGGACUUGUUUGAUUGCUGGGUAUGUGAAUAAUAAUCAACCGCGUGAAGCUUUGAAGGUUUUUAAAGAUAUGGGCAAUUGGGGUGUAGAGGCUAAUGAGGUUACGAUGGUGAAUGCUUUGAUUGCGUGUGCUCGUAGUAGAGAUAUUGAUACUGGGAGAUGGGUUCAUGAGUGUGUUUGUAAGGCUGGUUAUGAUCCUUUUGUGUGUGAGUCUGAUGGUAAUGUCAUUCUUGCUACUGCUAUUCUUGAAAUGUAUGCAAAAUGUGGUAGCUUGAAUAUUGCAAGAGAGUUGUUUAACAAAAUGCCGAAGAGAAACGUUGUUGCUUGGAACUGUAUGAUUAAUGGUUAUAAUCAAUAUGAGAGGUAUAACGAGGCGCUUGGUCUCUUUUUUGAUAUGUUGGCUGAUGGAUUUUGUCCUGAUAAGGCUACUUUUCUGAGUGUGUUGAGUGUUUGUGCCCAUCAGUGUGCUUUGGCAUUGGGAGAAACUGUUCAUGCUUAUCUAUUGAAAAGCAACAUCGCAACAGAUAUUGCCCUGGCAACUGCUCUUUUGGAUAUGUAUGCCAAGAAUGGUGAAUUAGGAAGUGCACAAAAGAUUUUUAGUAAUAGUUUGGAAAAGAAAGAUGUAGUGAUGUGGACUAGUAUGAUUAAUGGCUUAGCCAUACACGGCCAUGGAAAUGAAGCAUUGAGUAUGUUUCAAAUGAUGCAAGAGGAUAGUUCUCUAGUCCCUGAUCAUAUAACUUACAUUGGAGUUUUAUUUGCAUGCAGUCAUGUUGGAUUGGUUGAAGAGGCUCAAAGACAAUUUAACCUUAUGACAAAGAGAUAUGAUAUAGUGCCAGAAAGAGAGCACUAUAGUUGUAUGGUAGAUCUUUUGAGUCGGGCAGGUCAUUUCAGAGAGGCAGAAAAACUAAUGGAGACGAUGCCAAUACAACCAAAUAUUGCUAUAUGGGGGGCUCUUUUAAAUGGUUGCCAGAUUCAUGAAAACAUCUCUGUUGCUAGUCAAGUGAAAGUACGAUUAACAGAGCUGGAACCUAUUCAAAGUGGAAUUUAUGUUCUUCUAUCUAAUAUAUAUGCCAAUGCUGGAAAAUGGGAAGAGGUCAAUAGGACUAGAAAACUGAUGAAGCAUAACAGGAUUGCAAAGAAUAUUGGUCACAGUACAGUUGAAAUGAAGCUGUUAACCUUAUAAUUAUCUCAAGAUUCAUUUGUUGUCUCAAAUUAUAACGUAUUGUCUUCUGGAGUAGCUUCAACAAAUUGGUGUUUUGAAAUGAAAAUCAAAACCAACCUGGAGCAUUUGUUCAACCUCUGCUCGGACUGCGCUGCUCCAUCUGUCCCUGAAAAUUUCUUCCACAAAUCGCAUUUUGCUUGAAAAGCAUAGCAGGGGAUCAGAAAAUAUUUCAAACGGGGUUCAUAACUAAGAUGGCCUGAAGGAGCUAUUUCAAGGGAGAGCAUACAUGCAUUGGAGAAGCUUGGUCAUCUAAACUAGGCUGCGGCAGUUCAGGUUGGCUAGCGCCAGAGCAGCUUGUUCAGGGAUAUCAAACACUAGCUAUAGACUUGUUUAGUUUAGCUUCAACAUAGGUUCUCUACUUUUCACUUAUUUGGGAGUGCCCAAUUUUAAAGGUAAACCUAAAAGAGCUCAUCUUCAAUACAUCGCUGAUAAAGUCAAAACUAAGUUGGCUGGGUGGAAACCUCUCUUUUAACCAUAGCAGGUAGAGUAUGUAAUUCAUGGUAUAUUGAUUCACAGUUUAUCUGUCUAUUCUUGGCCUUCAAGUUUACUUAAGGAUCUGGAAAGAUGGAUGAGGAACUUCAUUUGGAGUGGAGAUGUAAAUCAAAUGAAGUUGGUUACUGUAGCUUGGAAGAAAGUCUUUAAAUCUUUUAAUGAAGGUGGAUUAGGCAUUAGAUCUCUUUCUAAGCUUAAUGAGGCUAAUAAUUUGAAGCUUUGUUGGGAGCUAGUUCAAUCAAAUCUUCAAUGGGCAAAUUUUUUAAGAAGUAGAGUGUUGAAUGGUGAUAAACUCAUCUCCUAUCAUGUUUUUUCUUCUAUUUGGAGCAGCAUCAAGCACAAAUUUAAUGAUAUAUCUGAUCAAUCCUCUUGGCAGCUUGGUAAUGGUGAAAACAUUAGAUUUUUGUUAGACUCUUGCUUAUGCUUAUCCUCAACUUCAUGAGCUUACAGCUAAAGUGGCCAUCCCUUUUAGUGGCAAAGAGGAUAGUUUAUUUUGGAAUCAUUCUCAUGAUGGGAAUCUAUCUCUCAAAGAGGCUUACUCAUUCCAUUGUCCAGCUCCUCAAAAUAUCUUUUGGGCUAAAUCCAUUUGGCAUCCGGCUAUCCCACUUUCAAAAUCUUUGCUAGUUUGGAGAUGCUUUCAUGGAACUUAAAAAGAUUUGAUGACAAGAGUAUUCAUGUUAAAUACUACAAUUAAUGAAGUUAUUGCCAGCGUCUCUUUAACCGGUAGCAUCUCUAAACUUCAUGCCAAUUCUUCUAUGUCAGAGUUUGUUAUCCUCAAGGCUUUGCACGUUCAAAUGCAGUUUUCUAAGGCUCCAGUUAUUAAAGAAGUUCUUUGGCAACCACCAAUCCUCAACUGGAUGAAAUGUAAUAGUGACGGAGCUUCAACAGGAAACCCAGGUAACUCCUCUUGUGCAGGUAUUUUUCAAAAUCGCGGAUCUGACAAGAUCGAGGAGGCACCAGUUGAAACAAGAUCGAUCGAUCACAAGAGGAGGCACCAAAACGACACAGCCAAGAUGCUUACUCUGAUUUCCACUGUAACGAAGUUUCUCUGGGUGAUAGCCGACGGUUUACUUCACCGGCAGCAACCAUUGCCGGCGGACGAACUCGUCAUCUUUGAGCAACCAUUCUUGCCGGACGAACUCAUCUUUGAGAUCCUCUUGUUGCUUCCUGUCAGAUCCCUCCGGCAAUUCAAGUGUAUUUGCAAAUCAUGGAAAACCCUAAUCUCCGACCCCCAAUUUGCAAAGGCUCACCUUCGGAGCAUAACCGUUAAUCCAACCCCAAUCCAUCAACGAUUAUUCACUAACGAUCGAGACAUGCCUGUAUCUUUUCCUGUUAAGCCAUUGCUCGAAAGUCCAUCAACACAUACUAAACAUGUUAAGUUCACAAUGGAAUACUUCCAUGUUCUUGGUAUAUGCAAUGGUUUGCUCUGUUUGAUUAAUUUAAAUUUUCAAGUAUGGUUAUGGAACCCUUCUCUCAGAUUGCAAUCCUGAAAAUCUCCAGCCCAAUCACGAUAUUUGUCUGUCAAAUACUAUGCCUUUGGCUAUGAUCUUAUUAAUGAUACGUACAAGGUGCUAGUAUGUUUUUAUAAACCUGUCAUUGUGACCAGAAUUUAUACUUUUGGUGCAAAUUCUUGGACAACAAUUCAGAAUUUCCCUUGUCGUGCUACUACUAAUGCAGGAAAAUUUGUGAGUUGAACUCUAAAUUGGGUAAUAGCUGAAACAAGUGUCAUUCUUUCAUUUGAUCUUGUCACGGAAACUUACAACGAAGUGUUGCUGCCUGAACAUGAUGGUGUCAAUGUCUGCAAUCCUGUGCUUGGUGUUUAUCGCAACUGUCUCUCUGUGUUUUUUUACUCCAACAAAACUCAUUGGGAUAUUUGGUUGAUGAAAAAAUAUGGAGUUGUUGAGUCUUGGACUAGAUUAUUCAUGAUCCCUCGUGACAAGUUACCUACUCCUAUGCAUUCCCCUCGUAAUAUUAGACCCUUGUUCAUAUUUGGAAAUGGUAAUGUUAUGUUUGGAAUGCGUCACGGAUUUGUCAUGUAUAACUUAAAUAAUGGUAGCUUCGAUUAUCUUUCAAGCUUGUAUUUUAUUCCAAGUUGUGUUGGUUCUACACAACAUAUUUACUUCAAGACUCUUGUAUCACCACAUCUGUAGAUACACAUUUAUGGAGUGGAUUCUUCAUAGUUUUUCUUA